AUGGCUGAAUCUUCAAAAGACAACGAAAACCCUCUAGAUAUUGAUGGCAGCAAUUUUAACUCUGAAAUGUAUUUAGAUUGCCUUCUAAAGUGUGCUACACUUAGGCAGGUAAUGGAUAAAGAAGCCGAAGUUGUUACACAAAGUCAGUUUUUACAAUCUGAAAUGCAAACGUUAGUAUACGAAAACUAUAAUAAGUUUAUAUCAGCGACAGAGACAGUACGAAAAAUGCGCUCUGACUUUCAAAUAAUGCAAGAGGAAAUGAAUAAACUAAGUGAAAAUAUUAAUAAUAUUACUACUUUCAGUUCUAAAAUUUCUGAUAAUUUGAAAGAAAGUGGUAAUACUGUAAACAGACUAUGCAGUACUCGACAACUACUAGAUAAAUUACAAUUCGUUUUCUUAUUACCCUCUCAAUUAAAUAAAGCAGUUCAAGAAAACAGAUAUGUUGAUGCAGUAAAUGACUAUACGCAUGCCCAAAGAGUAUUACAAAAAUAUGGUAAUCAGCCCUCUUUUCAAAGUAUUCAAUCUGAAUGUUCUGAAAUAAUAUGUGAUUUAAAAAAGACUUUACAUGAAAGACUUCUAUCGCCUGAUACUUCAGCAUCAGAGUUAGCUGAAAGUGUAGGCUUAUUGAGACAGUUACAAGAAACUGAUUCAUCUUUGCAAGAGAUUUUCUUGAGUUGUGCUGAAGGUCGCUUAGAUCAACAUUUGAGAAGCCUGAGCUCGAUUGUGGAUAGUUCAGAUAUAUUAGAAUGGGUAGAAAAAUGUAACAACACAUUAUUAGCAGACUUAGGUAUUGUAAUCUCAUGUUACCAUGAUAUAUUUCAAGAUAAGGAGAAUGUAAAUCUCCCAGAGUUUGCUGAUAAAGUUAUGACUCAAGUAUUUCAGCUCUUUGAAGAAGUUAUCAAAAGACCUGAAAAUGUAGGGACAGAGAUUUUAAUAAGAGGCCUAGAUAAAUUCUUUAGAAAAUUGCAGGCUAUGUCUGAAAUUAUCUCUAGUGAUUCAGUUUCUAAUAAAGCUUUGGAUGUUGUUAUACAAUGUAUAAAUCAUAAAGCAACUGUGCAAUAUGAAACUAUACAAACACAAUUUAAGGAAAAUCUCAUGAGGGUGAGACAAAGUCUUGCCAGUAAAGGUACAGAAAGUGCUGAUCUGAAAGACAUUUUGAACUCUUUACAAGUUCACUUAUUGCAGAAAGUUCAAGCAUCAUUACUAGAUUUAAUGGCAUUCCUACAAAAUAAACUUUCCUUUGGACUUAAACCAUGGUGUGGAAGGGCAGUUGCUGAUGCAUGUUGGACAGUUAUUUCGGAAACCCUUAUUAAUCUCUCUGGUUUGGUUAAAAACUUGGCUUCUCUCCAAACUUCUAAUAACAUUUCAUUUGAACUUCUACUUAUAUUAGCAAAGCUCUGCCUUGAAAUGCAGGAAAGUGGAGUAAAUACCUUACACAACCACCUUUUAAAACUACUGGAAGAAUCAGCUCCAGGUCUAACGAUGGAUAAAAAGGAUACUAACAGUGUAAUGGUUCAUUUGUCUACUGCAGCCCAAACUGCUUUAGAUUCGGAAGUUGUCUUUAUUGGGCAAACUGCGGCUCAAAUGCUACGCGUUUCAGUACUAGCGAGAGAUUGGUUGAGAGCACCGGAGCCUAGAGGUCCGAGAGCGGUGUGUAGAAGAGUCGUUGAGACUCUUGCAAGUGCAGACAGUGCUGCAUCACAACUAUUCCCUACAAGUAUUAAACCAUCAAGCGACUCCAGUCGUCGAACUAUUUGGUCUCGAGCCCCAUCGUCUUUCUCACCUAUAAAUAGAAUAUUCUCCGAACGAAUUGAAGUUUUCAGUCCAGCCGGUGCGGAUCGGGCUGCGCUAUCCAAUGGCGCAUUGAAAGUAGCUUUAAAAGCAUUAGUGGAAUGCGUUAGAUUACGAACUUUCAGUCGUCAUGGUUUGCAACAACUACAGGUCGAUGUGCAUUUCCUUCAACAAAGAUUGUCUUGUAUGGGAAAUGACGAAAGAUUACUGAAUGCACUAUUGGAAGACGCGCUUGCAUCUGCUCAGAUACGAUGCGUUGAUCCUCAGCUUAUGGAACCCAGUAUCGUAGAUAUUAUUUGUGAAAGAGGU